AUGUCGAAAUUCUUUGGCAACCGACACUCGUCGCCCAGACUGCCCCUGGACCAGUCGGCGUUCCUGUCACUUCUGGACCCAAGUGACAUUUCAGCAGUGCAUGAGCAGCAGCGGCCCACAGGCACAGGGGGUCGCACAUCCACACCGCCAGCGGAUUCUCACCACGCCACCAAGUCGUGGCUGGCUGCUGUGGAGAGUCGACCUUCGUGGAUUGGGGAGCGCCCACCGACAAGGAAACUGGUGAAGGAUAUGAAUGGAUCGGGGAGGCCGUCGUUUUCGCUGGAGCUUUCGGAGUGUGAUACUGCGGAGAAGGAGAAGGGCUGCAACCGCUUUCUCUUUUCGACCUCCACCCUCAUGCCCGCCUGGUCUCUUCUCCCCCGGCCCCAACCAGGGCCGGCAACGACGGCACCAACACCAGGAACACCAACGUUCUACCUCCUAGUCGGCGCAACCCUCGGUAUAUCCGCCUACCUCCUAACCACCACCCUCUACACCCUCACCACCACCACCACCACCUUCACCAACCCCAAACGCCCACAAUCACAACCCCCUCUCAACCCAACAGACACCAUCCCAAACACCAUCCCAAACACCAUCCCCUCCCCCUUAUCCACCCACCUCCCCCAUUUAACCCCCUCCCAAAUCGCCGCCCUCCCUUACCCCCCAGACAUCCUCCCCGGCGGCCGUUCCGUGCCCACCCCCUACGGUUCCAUCCGCGUGUACGAAUGGGGUCCCCCCGACGCGUCAGACAAGGUUUUGCUCUUACACGGCAUCAGCACACCCUGUGUCGCACUCGGUGCGUUGGCGCAUGAACUUGUGGAGAGGGGCGGGUGUAGGGUGAUGGUGUUUGAUUUAUUCGGCCGGGGGUAUUCCGACACCCCCCAGGGGGCAGGGGUGGAACAUGAUGGAAGGUUGUACACGACGCAGAUCCUGAUGGUGUUGGCUUCGUCACCGCUGGCGUGGACGGGGGAUGAGGGGUUUCAUUUGGUGGGGUAUUCGUUUGGCGGGGGGUUGGCGGUGGGGUUUGGGAGGUUUUUUGCGAGGAUGGUGAGGUCGGUUGUGGUUGUUGCUGGGUCGGGGUUGGUUCGGGGGGAACAUGUUAGCUGGAGGAGCAGGGUGUUGUAUUUGAGGGGGUGGUUGCCGGAGGGCGUGGUGAGGUGGUUUGUUAGGAGGAGGUUGAUGCCGAAGAGCGGGAAGGGGAAGGGGAAGGGAACGGGGGAUGGGGAGGAAGGGGGGAGGGUGGUUACGGAGACGACGAUGGCUGCGGAGGUGGUGGAUAUCACGUGGGGGCCGGAUGAUGAUGAUGGUGAUGAUGAUGAUGGUGAUGAUGAGGGGGGGGAGAAGUUGGCGGGACGGCACGAGAAUAGUGAUGCAAGCGGGGGCCAGUCGUUUGACAAUGCGGUGUUGUUUCCCGGGCGGCCGCAGCUGACCGUGUCGUCGGUCAUGGAAUGGCAGCUGCGGAAUCACCAGGGGUUUAUCCCCGCGUUUGUGAGUAGUAUACGGUAUGCGCCCAUCUACGACCAACAGGAGGACUGGUUAGCGUUGGGGAAGAUGCUGGCUGAGAGGAGAGAGCGGCCGGACACGCCUGGGCUGAGAGGUGGGAAACUUCUUUUGGUGCUUGGAGCGUCGGAUCCGGUGAUUGUGAAGGAGGAGUUGCUGCAUGAUGCGACGGCGGUGCUGGGGGAGGAUGGGUUUGAGGCUGUGGUGCUGGACGCCGGGCAUGAAUUGGUUAUGACGAAGACUGAGGAGGUUUCUGCUGUUUUGGUGAACUUUUGGGGGAAAUUGAGGGUUGAGGUGCAUAGCGAGGGUGAUCUAUAG